AUGUGCACUGGGAGCUGUGCCAAGUGCCUGGGGGGCACCCUCAUCCCCCUGUCUGUGUUUGCCCUCCUCGCUAACAUCCUGCUAUUUUUCCCUGGAGGAAAAGUGAUAGACAACAAUGACCACCUUUCCGACGAGGUCUGGUAUUUUGGAGGAAUAUUAGGAAGCGGAGUCUUGAUGAUCUUUCCUGCCCUGGUGUUCUUGGGCCUGAAGAACAAUGACUGCUGCGGGUGCUGUGGCAACGAGGGCUGCGGGAAGCGCUUUGCGAUGUUCACCUCCACAAUAUUUGCAGUGAUUGGAGGCCUGGGUGCUGGAUACUCCUUUAUUGUUUCAGCCGUCUCAAUCAACAAGGGUCCAAAAUGUCUCAUGAGCCAAAACAGCACAUGGGGUUACCCCUUCCAGGACGGAGACUACCUCGGGGACCAUGGCAUAUGGAGCAAGUGCCAAAAGCCUAGUGACGUGGUUCCCUGGAAUCUGACCCUCUUCUCCAUCCUGCUGAUCAUAGGAGCAAUUCAGAUAAUUAUCUGUGCCAUCCAGGUGAUCAACGGCCUCCUGGGGACCCUGUGUGGAGACUGCCAGUGUUGUGGCUGCUGCGGGGGAGAUGGGCCAGUCUAGACCAGCACGAUGAGCUGUUGUAACUUGAUGGCGUGUGAGAAGAUAUAUUAAACUUAAUUCUUCCCUUUUUGGAGUUGCCAGUUCCCACCUGCUUUCUAACUGACAAAGCUUAGGCAGGCCAGAGUUAUUUCUUCUCCUUUCCAACCAGCUCAGUUCAA